AACAGCCUGGUUGGAGAUAUUGUGGGUGCACAGGCGCAUCCUUGAAAAACAGAGCGUGACCUUGGGUUUUGGCUGAGUAAGGAGCGUAUGAGAGAAACGCGGCGCGCCCCCGGCUGCCAGGCUGAGAAAAGGCGCAUCGUCCUCUAUUUUUCUUUUUUUUCAUUUCAGUCACGUCGCUUUGCUCAGAUUUGAGAUGAGCCAUAAGGGAUGUGUAUUUAUCCUGCCCAGAUCCGAUCUGUCACCAAAUCUAAGAGAAGAAAAAUACGGAUAAAUCAGGCUCAGAGGCGAUGCUCUCUCUGAUUUAACAUUUCGGGAUUAAUUUAAACCUGGAUUCUUUUGGAUGCUUUAGCGCGCUAUUUUGGACAAUCUGCAAUCUGCGUGCAUCCAUCCAAGUCACCGCACCUCGUCGAAGCGAGUAACACGGUAGAAAAUAAAUAAUUAGCCGACCUUCAAGACAUUUGAUGGUUUUCUGCAUCCUCCUUUGCGCAACGUAUAAUAAAAGCUACAAGAUCAUUUUAGAAUUGGAGUCUUUAAUGGUUGGCAAAAGAGAUUACAAGCGAUAAAUUGCGAUGCUUAACAUCCACCACUAAUUAUGCUGUGGUUACAGAGUCGCAAAAUAGUGUAGAGAGGUAACGGACAAUGUGCAGUUGGUCCUGAUUCUGGACCUGAAUGCAGUGGAAAGAGACACCUAACCGGGUGUCACCGUCAGCCCUGGAUGCUGCGCCGAAGGAUGGCAUACACCGACCCAUCGUCGGGUAAAGAUAUACUCGGCAGUAGAUCACUGUGUUUUAUAUUUAUUUGCGCAUUUGGACUCGUCACACUUUUGCAACAGAUUCUCUAUGGAAAAAACUACAUCAAGAGUGCGCAACAGUUUAGCCGACUCAAAGGGGACGAGACAGGAAACUGGACCGGCCCCAUUAAUUUCUCCGAUGACGGAUCUCUGAAGCCUGCCAGAAAUGGAAGGAAAAGAUGUUUCCGUCAGAAUUUACAGCCAGAUUCACAGAUCUCCGUAAUAAUCACACCCUGCCUAGCUGAUAUUAAGAAGAAAAAAAAACGCCCUCAAAGGUAUCUGGAAAACUAUGAUGGCUCACUUGAUUACAACUCCACUGCAUGCAGGGAGCUCAGACAAGAAAUCAUGGAUGUCAAAGUCCUGACAAUAAACUUGGUUAAACGGAAAAUACGUGGACAUGAGUAUCGUUCCUCAUACCACAAGUCUCUCUGCAUUUCUGCCAGGGUGAAAACCUCAGAGCUGUUUGAGAGAUGGCGAAACCUGCAGGUGUGUAAGUGGGAGCAGAGCAAGGAGGAGACCAGCAACUUUAAGAUGUCUCUGUCUCGCUGCUGUAAUGCUCCAUCCUUUCUGUUCACCACCAAGAGGAACACUCCUGCAGCGACCAAGCUGAGGUACGAGGUGGACACCAGUGGUAUCCUUCCCAUCACCACUGAGGUCUAUAAGAUGUUCCCAGACGAUAUGCCAUAUUCUAAAUCACAGUUUAAGAGAUGUGCUGUGAUUGGAAAUGGCGGCAUCAUUAAGAACAGCAAAUGUGGAAAGGAAAUUGACUCAGCAGAUUUUGUUUUCAGAUGCAACAUACCACCCAUUAAUGAGAAGUACUCAGCAGAUGUUGGCUCUAAAACAGAUCUGGUGACAAUAAAUCCGAGCAUUAUUACAGAGAAAUUUCAAAAGCUGGAGAAAUGGCGGCGACCCUUUUAUGAAGUCCUUCAGAAUUAUGAGAACUCUUCAGUGGUGCUGCCUGCCUUCUACAACACCCGCAACACUGAUGUAUCAUUCAGAGUCAAGUACAUGCUGGAUGAUUUUGACUCCCAGAGAGGCGUGUUCUUCUUCCACCCGCAGUACCUGCUCAAUGUGCAGCGUUUCUGGGCGGUGCAAGGUGUCCGGGCGAAACGACUCAGCAGCGGCCUGAUGCUUGUGACCGCUGCCUUGGAGCUGUGUGAGGAGGUCCAUCUCUAUGGUUUCUGGGCAUUUCCUAUGAAUCCCUCUGGCAUCUUCAUUACUCACCACUACUACGACAACGUCAAGCCACGGCCUGGGUUUCAUGCUAUGCCCCAUGAAAUUUUCAACUUCAUUCACAUGCAUACACGUGGGAUCAUCCAUGUACACACCGAGCAGUGCACGUGAUUUCUUAUUUCUUUUUAUUUCACCACUAUUUUAACUAUAAUUUAGGUCAAUAGGAGCAAGCAUUUGUUCCUAUUAAUUUGCCUACAUGUUGAAGAUUGCUCACUUGAAGCAAGUUUACUGCUGUUAAAUCACCAUGGUUUUCUCUGACUCCCAUGACCAUAGGAUGCUAGUUUUUAAUGUGACAAGUGGUCUUCAUAGUGGUGUUGUUUCUGUGAAGUUUUCUAGUGGCUCUGCUGUACAGAGGUGUUGUUUUCUACUCAACUGCACUGAUAUUUAACCUGAAAUGGGGCUGCAGAGGGUGUUUUCAUGCCCCUGCAUCCUCCUCUCUCUUCUCUCUUUUUCUCAGACACUCCGUGGGUGUGGCAGCUUUUAAUGUUUGUGUAAAACAAAGCCUGAACCUCCUAUUGAGCUAUUAUAGACAAAGGAAAAAAGAAAGAAAAGAUAUAACUGUAACAUUUAAUUGUCUACUUUUGUAAACUAUUUCCUUUUCACCUGAUUCGCUAGGUGAAUAUUUUAAAACACUGUUGAAAUGGCCUGUUUUCAGUGGCCUCCUUUCUCCCAUUUAAAAUAUCCUCUGAUACUUCUAUUGAAAAAAAAGUGCAAUUAGAGGUAACCAUUUUCCCCUUUUUCUUUUGUGGCUUGUCAUGGUUUUGGACUAAAGUCAGAUAAAUACAAUAUUUCAACAAAUCUAUGACAUUCAAGUUAAUCCAAACUGUAUAAUGCAGUACUGCAGUGCAACCCAGCCUUUUGCUGUCAUUUUUGUCUUAAGCCAUUUUGCCUUAUGAGGUAUCAAACCCCUCUGUAUGAUGUGCAAUACACCCGCGUGUUUUGCAUCUACAAGUACGUUACAUCAUCAACAUCAACUACAACAUCAAAUCAGAUAUUGGUUUGGCUUUUAAAUUAAGGGAUGCUCUGAUAUGAGUCUGUCUCAUCUCAUAUUCUGUUUAAUAUUUCCCUAUAAACUCCAUGAUCAUAUAAUGCUCUGCAUGAAUUUACUCUAUACUUGGCUUGAUGUGUGCCUGCUUCAAUGACCACUGACAUAUGUUUACACUUAAGCCUCUAUGGAUCACAGUGCAUUUGGAGAUGUAGACACAAAAUUAGAGAGUUUUUUUAAUGGUGUUAUCAUUGAUUAUAGGAGUAACAACAAAAGAAGAUGGCUGCUGCCCCUCUUUGUUGUUGUACUACAACUCCUAUCCUCUGUACUUCACCUUCUUCUGAAUUGUGACAUUCAGUUUGCACUGAAGAAAGCAUGUGCAUUUAGCUACUGGAAAGCUGUGCAGAUUUCUUUCCUUUUUUUUAACACUGUAAAAUAUUAUAAGAGACUGUAAAUGAAUAUUUUGUCACUCUUCUAUCAAUGCUUGGCUGCGUACUUGUUCAUUCAGUUUGUAUUAAAUGACUAAAGAGGUUUAAAUAUGUUGUUCUUUUCAUCAGUUUUGUAGACUCUGCUUGUGCAUAUAUGCACAAGACAUAUGAGUUAAUCAAACACCAAAAAAAUUAAUUAGCUAAAACACUAAACUGUUCUGCAGUCACGACUGAAUUCAGAUUGAAAAAGGAGGUAAAGUGGUUUGUGUAUACAGGUAAUAUAUAACACAAUGCUUCUUACUGACUUGUUCAUUCUUUAUACUGCUACUGUGUUUGUAAAUAAACUUGUUUGGAUUUU